UUGUGUGCUAGGCGUUUUGCCUAAUAUUUAAUCUUCUCAAGAAAUAACAAGAAUACGUGUUUUCUUAUCUUUGGGGACCGACGCUCAGAGAGAUUAACUUUCCCAGUGUCCCACGGCAGAGCCAGGAACAAACCCACAGACUUCCUAAUUGCAAAGCCUAUGCUGAUGAUGCUUUAGAGAAUAAUACGUACAGACAAUACUUUAGUUAGUAGUCUUUCUGAAAGUUUUCAUUUUACUCCAGAAUUAAGCAGCUGAAGUAGCAUCUGUGAAUCCUGAAUCUAUCCAUGGAGGAGCGGUCGGAAUGGUUUAGAAGAAGAGACAAUGAAGCAAAGGCCCCUAUUAGGAUUCAAUUACUGGACUUGUCAACUCUGCCAGUGUACGUGCCAUUUCUCUUCCACUAUGAGUGGACCGAUUGUAUUGCACAUUUGUCUGGCUUUCUGUAGCCUUCUACUUUUCAACGUUGCCACACAAUGUCUGGCCUUCCCCAAAAUAGAAAGGAGGGAGAUAGCACAUGUUCAUGCGGAAAAAGGGCAGUCCGAUGAGAUGAACACCGAUGACCUGGAAAAUACCUCCAUUACCUCAAAGCAGACUCCCCAACUGGUGGUCUCUGAAGAUCCAGUGAUGGUGUCAGCAGGACCAUCGGCAAUAUCAUUAAAUAAAGCAUUCUUGAUUAACAAAGAAACCCAGCCUGGACAAGCUGGGCUCAUGCAGACUGAACACCCUGGUGUUUCCACUGCUACUGAGUCAGGUGUCCUCACAGUUGAAGAAGUAUUUGGUUCCAGCCAGCCAGAGAGAAUACCUCCUGAAAGUGGACUUGCUAAGGCCAUGCUAACCAUUGCUAUCACUGCGACUCCUUCUCUGACUAUUGAUGAAAAGGAGGGACUCCUUACAAGCACUAACUUUCAGCCCAUUGUAGAAGAGACCACAGAAACCACAAAAGGUUUUCUGAAGUAUAUGGAUAAUCAAUCAUUUGCAACUGAAAGUCAGGAAGGAGUUGGUUUGGGACGUUCACCUUCAUCCUAUGUGAAUACUAAAGAAAUGCUAACCACCAAUCCAAAGACUGAGAAAUCUGAAGCAGACACAGACCACAGGACAACUUCUUUUCCUGGUGCUGAGUCCACAGCAGGCACUGAGCCUGGAAGCCUCACACCUGAUAAGGAGAAGCCUUCGCAGAUGACAGCUGAUAACACCCAGACUGCUACCACCAAGCAACCACUCGAAACUUCCGAGGACACCCUGAGUGUUGAGCCAGAAACUGACAGUCUGCUGGGAGCUCCAGAAGUCACAGUGAGUGUCAGCACAUCUGUUCCAGCUGCCUCUGCCUUAAGUGAUGAGUGGGAUGACACCAAAUUAGAGAGUGUAAGCCAGAUAAGGACCCCCAAGCUUGGAGACAAUGAAGAGACUCAGGUGAGGACGGAGAUGUCUCAGACAGCACAAGUAAGCCAUGAGGGUAUGGAAGGGGGCCAGCCUUGGACAGAGGCUGCAGAGGUGGCUCUGAGGCUGCCUGAAGGGGAAGCACACACGGGCACAGCCCUGCUAAUAGUGCAUGGGAAUGAGAGAUCACCUGCUUUCGCCGAUCAAAGUUCCUUUACCCCCACAAGUCUGAUCGAAGACAUGAAAGUUUCCAUUGUGAACUUGCUCCAAAGUACAGGAGACUUCACGGAAUCCACCAAGGAAAACGAUGCCCUGUUUUUCUUAGAGACCACUGUUUCUGUCUCAGAAUAUGAGUCUGAGGCGGACCAACUGUUGGGAAAUACAAUGAAAGACAUCAUCACUCAAGAGAUGACAACAGCUGUUCAAGAGCCAGAUGCCACUUUAUCCAUGGUGACACAAGAGCAGGUUGCUACCCUCGAGCUUAUCAGAGACAGUGGCAAGACUGAGGAAGAAAAGGAAGACCCCUCUCCUGUGUCUGACGUUCCUGGUGUUACUCAGCUGGCAGGAAGAUGGGAGCCUCUGGCCACUACAGUUUCAACUACAGUCGACCCUUUGUCUUUUGAAGUUACUCCCACUGUGGAAGAACAAAUGGACACAGUCACAGGGCCAAAUGAGGAGUUCACACCAGUUCUGGGAUCUACAGUGACACCCCCUGGAAUAAUGGUGGGGGAACCCAGCAUUUCCCAUGCACUUCCUGCUUCGGAGGCGUCCCCUGAGAGAAGAACUGUUGUUCCAUCUAUUACUCGCGUUUAUACAGCUGCGUCAUAUGGCCUGGACCAACUUGAAUCUGAAGAGGGAGAAGAAGAUGAGGAUGAAGAGGACGAAGAAGAUGAAGAUGAAGAAGAGGAAGAUGAGGAAGAAGAUGAGGAAGAUAAAGAUGGAGACUCGCUGGAUGAGGGUUUGGAUGGUGACACUGAGCUGCCAGGUUUUACCCUCCCUGGUAUCACGUCCCAGGAACCAGGCUUAGAGGAGGGAAACAUGGACCUGUUGGAGGGAGCUACCUACCAGGUGCCAGAUGCCCUCGAGUGGGAACAGCAGAAUCAAGGCCUGGUGAGAAGCUGGAUGGAAAAAUUAAAAGACAAGGCUGGUUACAUGUCUGGGAUGCUGGUGCCUGUAGGGGUUGGGAUAGCUGGAGCCUUGUUCAUCUUGGGAGCCCUCUACAGCAUUAAGGUUAUGAAUCGCCGAAGGAGAAAUGGCUUCAAAAGGCAUAAAAGAAAGCAGAGAGAAUUCAACAGCAUGCAAGAUCGAGUAAUGCUCUUAGCUGACAGCUCUGAAGAUGAAUUUUGAAUUGGACUGGGUUUUAAUUGGGAUAUUCAACGAUGCUACUAUUCUAAUUUUUAUUUUGGAGCAGAAAAAAAAAAAAGAACAACCUGCCACAUUGCUGCUAUCAGGCCAUUAGUCCUAGUGUCUGCUGGGUGCUGGGUAGUAGAUUUUUCUUGUACUGAGCAGAAACGGCAUGUUGUAUACUAAACGUAUCAUGCAGUAUUUGGUUUUAUUCUGUAGUGAAUUUUCCACAACCGUGGGCUACAACUCAUAAAUAUGCAGCAUUUAUGUUUUUCAGUAGGAGUUGCUACAUUAGGCAGAGUAAAUAUUUUGUAGUUUUCCACAGUGUCUUUUCCUUGGUUUGAAUUACCUGCAUUGAGAAUAAUGAUUGUUGCCACCAAGGCAUGCUUGACUUUGAGAUAUAAAUCUUAACAAAGAAUAACUUCUCAAGAUAUACUCUACCUACUGGAAACCAUAGGCUUGUGGGCCAUGGUACAUACUGCAUUUGCAUCAAACUAGCAGUAACUCAGAAUGAAAUCAUUUUCAUUAAGAAGCUCUCUCAGCAUAUUAGGAUUAUAUGUAGAUUUGUACGUCUUUUGCAUUAUGUACUUCAGUCUCCUAGUUUUAUUAUUUCUCACCUUCUGUUUUAUUCUUAUUCUUGGCGAGGAAAAAAAUGCACUAGAAAUAAUACAUUAAAUUGACUCUUAGUCUUAAUGUAUGCUUGCUGUCUUAAAUAGUGUGAUUGAGUCCAACAGAGUCAUACAUGUUUAUGAUUAAGAGAUAUUCUUUUUGUGUACUAUUUGAUUUUGCCAAGAAAAAAUGAAGAAGAAUUCAAAAUGAGAUGAGGGUAGGUAAGCUCUCAGAGCAUUUCUCUCUGCCAUUUGGUUCUAUGCUUAUGUGGCUACUAAUGUGACUAAUUCAGAGUGUUGUAUUUCCACAUCUGUGGUCUUCACCAUGGAAAAUGUGGGCUACCAUUGGUCCUUAUAUGGCUUCAUUAGAAAAAUAGACAUUCUAUCGUUUGUCUGCCCAGUGGCCAGAGUCUUGGUGAACAACAGAGCUCAUGGGAAACCAGCCUCUCUCAGGGCACCCCACUGUGAGGAUGUUAAACUAUGUUCAAUCAUUUCUCAUCUCCCUUGGAAGGUAAUUCCCUGCCCUAUACAAAAUAUGAUAUUUCAAUAUGCUACUUGAAUCUAGGGAUUGAGGAUUUGUAGUUAGUUGAGUUUUGGGGCAAAGGCUCGGCUCAUUGCCAUGGAAUAAUAAAAGUUAUUUAUUAAUAGUGCUGUCACUGUGGAGAACUUGUUGGUGUUUUUUAGAACUUGUCUACUAUGUUCAAGAAAAGUUGCACAGUUAUCCCUCAUAGCUACUAUGUGAGGUAGGACAUAUGUUUUUAUUCUCCCAUUUGACUGAAGAUGGAACUGAAGCGGAGAAGUGAAAUGAUUUUCCAAAGUUGUACUCAGAGAGAAUCAGCAUGAGAACCCACUUGGACCCAGCCAUGCACCCUUAUCUUCAGUUCGUACCCUUUUCAUAGACUUUGGUGGAAGCAGUGACAUUUCAGAGUCCUUCUUUAAAACAAAGGUUCUAAGGAGAUAGCUGCUUGGUCAAGGAACAUUUGAUGUGAGUUUCCAUCUUUGUUAAAUGAAUGAUGCCUUUCUAAUUUCUCUCUUACUCACACAAGUUCUUUCCUUCCCCAUCUCAGUUACUUCCUUUACAGUCAUAAACUUAAGUAUCACCUCUAUGGAACUAAUAGAGAAACUUUCCUAGAAUCCGUUUUUGAAUAAUGGCUGGCUCACAAGAAUGUUUUCAUCAAAUAAUUUUAACUCUUUUUGCCAAGAGAUGUAAGCAAAUGUGUGAAAUUGAUCAAGAGAAGUGAAAAGCUCUGUACAGUCAAAUAGAAGUUAGCAAUUGGCAAAUUAGCUCAAGGUCAGAUUUUAAAAAUAGAAUUCAGAACCAUGACACUCAGAAGUGAUUUGUAAUUUCAUGAGUAGAGACAUCCUGAUAUUGCAUAAGGGAUGUUUUCCUUUUCUAAGAGCAGCCCUUUGCUGUAAGUGUUUCUAAGGUUGGGAGUAAGUGAGCAUGGUAUGGCAUUACUGUCUUUGUAUUCUUGACAAACUGUUUAUUGAGAAUACAUAAUAGGCCACUUAACUGAGUGGCACAUGGGUGAUACUAAUGGCCGUUAUUGCCUUGGGCUACCCAAUCUAUAGUCUUAACUAAACUGUGGCUAAUAGAUUGAAUCUUCAAACUGUGGUAUAAUAAAUUCCCAAAUAACAGACCCAUAUUUUCAUUUCUCAGAGGUCUGUGAGGAUGACAUGUAUGUGAAUUUUGGCUUAACACGGUAUCUCUGUGGUCCUUUUUGGGACACAUGAUUUCUUAAAGGAAAAGAGUAUACUUAGAGUACAUUUCUGUACAAACUCAUUUAAACAUCUGGAUUGAGUGGAAGGUCGGUGGAUGGUACAAAUGACAUGUUUAUUUUGGCCAUUUUCCUUGCUGCUGAUGGCUGUGGAAUAAUGAUUUUCAGUGGUUGGCUUAGAUUAUUAAGAGGAUCAGAAAAAAUUGUCACAUUUUAAACAAAACCUGGGAUUAAGGGUGCUGCUACGAGACAGAAGUGCUGGCCAGUGGUUAUACAGCGGUCCAGAUGAGAAGUAGUAAAUCAGCCACUUGUAGGUUUACCCAAAAUAAGUGAUAAGUAUGCUUAUGUUUGCACAAUUAAAAUAGAAAGUCAACUUUUUAUUCAAACAACUAGGCUUAAAACAUUUAACAGUGAAACAAAUAAAGCUGUCUGGAAAGGAGGGCUGAUUCCUGCAGCUUCAGUUGUGAACACCAUCCCCACUGGACUGAGUUUACCCAGCCAGAACUGCUGGCAUCUUACCGCAGGGGCAGAAACUAGGUCUUCUUCUCAGUGGGAGAGGCAGUGUUUCCAGAAUUUGCAGGCUCAUAAGAAUCACCUGGGAUAGUUGUGAAACAUACAGAUUUCAAGGCCUUGCCCCAGACCUGAUGAGUUAGAAUCUCCAGGGAAGGAGCUUGGGGUAUUCAUGCCCCAGCAAGCUUGAGCACAUAGCUAGGAGGAAUCUAUCUAGAGAACAACUUCCUUAUGAUAGAGACAAGGUCAUUUAAAGUCACAAUGAGAUACUACCUCACACAUAUUGGGAUGGCUAUUAUUCAAUAAAACAAAAUAUAACAAUUGUUUCUGAGGAUAUGGAGAAAUUGGAACCCUUGUAUACUGUGGAUGGGAAUGUAAAAUGGAUAGCCACUGUGGAAAACAGUAUGAAGAUUCCUCAAACAAUUAAAAUAGAACUACCAUAUAAUCCAACUAUCCCACUUCUGGGCAUAUAUCCAAAAGAAUAGAAAUCAGGAUCUCGAAAAAGUAUCUGUACUCCUGUGUUCAUUGCAGUAUUAUUCACAAUAGCCAAGAUAUGGAAACACCUAAAUAUCUAUCGAUAGAUGAAUGAAGAAAAUGUGGUAUAUACAUACAGUAGAAUAUUAUUCAGCCAUAGGAAAUAAGGAAAUCCUGUCAUUGUGACAAUAUGGAUAUACAUGGAGAACACUAUGCUAAGUGAAAUAAACUAGUGACAGAAGGACAAACACAUGAUUGCACUUAUUUGAGGUGUCCAAAAUAAUCAAAUUCAUAGGGGCAGAGGCAAAAUGGUGCUUGCCAGGGGCUGGGCAAAGUUAAAGAUGGGGAGAUGUUGAUUAAUUAUGUUUCAGUUAUGCAAGAUGAAUAAGUUCUAGAGCUCUGCUGUAUAACAUAGUGCCUAUAGUUAACAAUAUCAUACUGUGCAGUUAAAAAUUUGUUAAGAGGGCCAGGUGCGGUGGCUCAUGCCUGUAAUCCCAGCACUUUGGGAGGCCAAGGCAGGCAGAUCAUGAGGUCAGGAGAUGGAAACCAUCCUGGCUAACAUGGUGAAACCCCAUCUCUACUAAAAAUACAAAAAAUUAGUUGGGCGUGGUAGUGCGCCUGUAGUCCCAGCUACUCGGGAGGCUGAGGCAGGAGAAUCGCUUGAACCCAGGAGGUGGAGGUUGCCAUGAGCCAAGAUUGCGCCACUGCACUCCAGCCUGGCAACAAAGUGAGACUGCGUCUCAAAAACAAAAAAAACAAAACAAAAAUUUUUGUUAAGAGGGUAGAUCUCACAUGAAGUGUUCUUAACACACACACACACACACACACACACGCACACACACACACACACAAAAGAGACAAGGAGAGCAGUUCCUUGUGGGAAGAGAUGCUUUCCCCGGUCAUGCUAUCCAAUAAAUCACACCUGCCGUGGAGAAAGGAGAAAGGAAAACAAAAGGAAAGAGAAAAGGAUGGAAGCUACUAGAAAAAGAUUAGAAGGCUGGGAUGGAGAGAAAAGAGUUUCUCCCAUACCUCUGAUGUCUUUUUCUCUAAUUAGAAAAGACAGUGCUUUUCUCUCCAACCUCUUUAGUUUUUUCUUUCCCAUAAGCUGUUUCUUUCGGUAGCUGCUAGCUUAAUUUAUAUGCAAUAUUUGGAGUUAAUUAGUAUCCCAGGGUAACAGAUUCCCUUAGCAAUGCCUUAGCUGUGGCUUCAGCUGAUAAACUGCCUCAAAUACAAUUUUCCAGAAACACUUUCUUAAAGUACCUGUAUCUCUUAACGUAGGUCAAAACUGUAUGAAGAAAUUUUAAAGCCAAGUUUAGAACAUAUUUAAAGUAAUUUUUGAAGAGUCAAUUAAAAGUGGUUUUUCAUUUUAUGAUUUUUUUCCCAAAGGCUAAGUGUUAAAAGCCGAAACAUAUAGGUAUCAGAAAAUUAUAUAGAGUGCAUGGAGCAUACUGAAGACCUCGCUCUUCCUUCUGUGUCUGCCUCCGGGUGUCUUCUUCCUGUAGAAGUCCAAAUGAAACACCUUAUUUCCAAUCACAGCCACAACCUGGGGGAGAAGAAUCAAAUCCUCCGCAGGCAUUGUGAUUUCUGUGGAUAUGAAUAAUCCAUGUUCCUACCAGCUGCCAAAAAAACAGCUUUUGGAAACAAGAUGUACUAUUUGGCGCAAGGUUAUAGCUACGUGACAUUUUUGCAAGACAGCCUUUUUUAUGACCACAGAGGAAUUUGAAGAGGCAGGAACACAACUGAAAAAAAAUCUCUUCCCUUUAGGGUAUGUGAAGGUAUGGUUACAAGCAAAGAAAUGUGGUAGAAGAAGAUGGAGGGAAAUCAUAAUACAAGGCAAAUAUAAAAAUGGCACAAAAUAUUAGAAAGUGCUGGAGGAUGCCAAAGUUCUGAAUGGACCAAUGCUUGAAAAAAGACAGAGAAAAGCAAGGAGAAGAAUACAAAUGAGGAAGAUCAUUAACAGGAGAAGGGACCAUAAAGCUACAAAAAUCCCUUUUGCCUCCACCUUCUCCAUCAAAUAAAAUUAUCUCAUACUAGUAGAAUGAACAUAGCUGGGGGUGGGGAAUUGAAGUCCAAGAUGGAUGAGGAGGUAAAAGGUGCUUGGUUACUUUAAAUGAGCUUAAGCUCAGUUAGAUAUCUUCUUUAAUUGCACAGUCUUCAAAUGACUGAAUAUAAACUUCUAGGAAUAGGAAAUAAUUUGAAAGCAAAAUAAUGGUACUGACUUAGUAAAAGUCCCACAUGUGCACAUUUAGCACUCCUAGACUGAUAAGCUGAAGAUGAACUGUGGAGAGAUGUUGCUCUGAUAAUUAUAGACUGGCAGUUAACAUGGCUGGAAACAUAAUCCUGUUGCUUAAUUUCUGCAUGCAGAAAAAAACCCCAGCAUUUAUUUUGCAAGCCACUGUAGUAUAAUGCAUUGGGAGUGUCCUAUUUGGGGUAAUAGGUAUAUCUAACUCCCUUUUAAUUAACCCAAAUUUCUAUCAUGUGCGUAUAGGAUAAAGGGAGGGAGGGAAGGAAGGAAGGAGGGAGGGAGGGAGUGAGGGAAGGAAGGAGGGAGGGAAGGAAGGAGGGAGGGAGGGAGGAAGGAAGGGAGGAAGGAAGGAAGGAAGGAAGGAAGGAAGGAAGGAAGGAAGGAAUUCCCUCAGUAAGUAGCAGCAAAAGCACAAAGAAACAAAUCAUUUGCUCCCAUGUUCUAGUUUGUGUAAAAGCACAAAAAAAUUGAUGUAAAAAAACUUACAUAUUCCACCUAGUAAAGCAAAUAUCCUACUUUCUCUUUUCAAGAAGCAGCAGGAAAAGAUCACUUACGUAAGUGAUAACCAUCAAUAAUUUGUAAUAUAGAGUAUAAAUUCUUCAGAUGGAUGUUGCUGAGAGGUGUAACCUUUUGUGGGUUAAGGAUGGAGGAACUGAGGAGUAAAAACAGAAGAAUUAUCUGUGGGGGAAAUCUCCUGUUAUCUUUUUUCUCAAAGUUUAUAGGUAUAGGAACAGAGUGCAGGCAAAAUGGCAGGCAAAGUGGGCAUCCACUUGGAUUAUUUUAUUACCUUUAAGGUGGGUAGAUCAUCUACUCUAGUCUCAAAAGAAUAAACCUGGCAUCAGUUCAGGAAACUGAGAUUUUUAUUAACCAGUGUUGUGUCCAUCUCAAUAUUGUCUUCCUAAUUAGCAGUGAAAUAAAGGAAGGGACCAAAAGCAUUUGAAUCAUUUCUCUAAUUUUAUGUCUCAUGACAUGGCCACAGCAUUUGUGUAGUUCAGACUUCUUGAUGGCCAGACAGACUAAAGUAGGAAAUUAUAAGUAGUCUUCCAAAAAGGAAUUUUGAUACAAAACCUUCAAUGGUCAUUUUCCUUUAUUUCCCUCUUUAUGUAAGAGAUAAAGGAGGAGGAAUAGGAAAUGGUUUUGUGAUUGAACCAAUCAAAUCCCAAAGAUUUGAUUAGUUCUUUGCCAAGGAGGGUGAGGAUGGCUAGAGAUUCUGUCUUCAGCAAACAAAGAACACUUGAUAUUGCUUCUGACUGAAUCAGUAUUUACUGAAUGCCUUUUAUGUGUCAGGUAAUAUGUUAAGUGUUGGGGGAGCCAAGACACAGUCCAUGACUAGAAAGCGCUUAUGGAUUAGUAGGGAAGACAGAAAAUGGGCAAUUUCAUGUCAGAGACACUGGGAUCCAGAAAAGGAAUAUCUAACUGGAUCAAGAAGAUCAGGGAUGUUUCUCCAGAGCAGGGAACAUCAAACCUAAGUCCAGGAGGAUGAGUGGGGUUAUUCAGAUAAAGGGGAGAAAGGGAUGUGUGAUCUAGCCAGAGAAACCCCAUGUGCAAAGGCCAGGGGGGAGAGAUCAAGUAGUUAGCCUGGCUGGGGUGCUAGGUAUUCUAGGGGAGUGAGAGUUGGGGUUGAGGGUAGUAUGCCAUGUGAAAUACGGGGCUGAAUGGGAAGGGUCCUCUAGGUCCUGUCAAGGAAUGAGGACUUCGUUCGAGGGCAAUUAGAAGUCAUGCAAAAAUAUUAUGCUGUGAAGUGAUAUGAUCAGGCCUGAAGGAAGACUGGUUUGGGAAGGUUAAAGUCUGGAGUCGGAGACACCAGUGAAGGUCAGGGUUGAUGCAGCAAUGUAAGUGAGAGAUAAUCAUGGCCUGGACCAAGGUUGCAGGAAUGAACAUGGAAGGGGAGAAUGGGUUCUGGCAGUGUUCAGCAGGGGUAGACAGUGGGACUUGCAGAUUGUUUAGAUGGAGAGGUGAGGGAAAAGACAACAUUUAAAGCUGACUAGGGUCAUGGGACCUUUGAGGCUUCUAGAUACGAUGGAGUCUAGUGUUCUGCCUUCUGGAGGGGCUGACCCUGUAUUAUCCCAGCAUAUCUAGGCCUGAGAAAAAUAACCUACAAGCCUGCCAAAAAUGUAUAGGCAGCAUUAAUUUUUACAAAGUGUAAAUGUGUGGUCAUUUUCUGUGACUUUUUUUGUUUACUUUUUUUGAGACAGGGUCUUGCUCUGUCGCUCAGGCUGUAGUGCAAUGGUGCAAUCAUAGCUUACUGCAGCCUCAAACUCUUGGGCUUAAGUGAUCCUUCCCCCAUAACUUCUUGAGUGGCUAGGAUUACAGAUGUGUGUCACCACUCUCAGCUAUUUUUUUAUUUUUAUUUUUUGUAGAUACAGGGUCUUUCUAUGUUGCCCAGGCUGGUCUCAAACACCUAGGCUCAAGCUAUCCUGCCUCAGCCUCCUGAGUUGUUGGAAUUACAGGCAUGAGCCACUGCACCUCGCCAUUUUCUGUUACUUUUAAUAGUAGGUGCCAAUGAACUAACUUUGCAUUUAAUAAAACUUAAAUAUCUGGGAAAAUUCUCCUAAUACCUUUAGGGGAUUACUUUGGUUGAUCCCUAGAUAUGAGUUACUAUCUCAAAUCUGUUUGACUGUCUUGAUUUGUAAAGGCUAAUAGGAGAGUUUCUUAUUCUUUGACAAGGGAUCAAAGCUCAGUAUCUUGCUUUUCUUGAAAACAAAUCCAAGAAACCUUUUUUCUCAGGGCUGGCAUGUAUGAGGAAGACACCUGGUCUUAGAUAUGCAGCCUGCAGAAUCAAGCAAUGCAGCUCCGUGUCCCGGUGCUGAGCGGUUUCUGUGGCCUUUUGACAGUUCUUAUGGGCAAUCAUCAAGCCACUUACCUUCCUUAGCAUAUGAAAAAUAAAGCAAGUUUCCCAUAGUUGCCAUAUCAACACAAGGCCAGAUUCUGGAGGGCCUCAGGGGCAAUGAUAUGCAGAAUUGAGAAAAUUCAGAAAAACUUGAGAAUAAUUAUCAUUCCAGUUCCACCCAAAAUGUUAACAAUAAUAAACAUUGGUAACAUUUUGGUCUGUACUUUUCUAAUCUUUUUUUCCUAUGCAUUUAUGAUAUGCAAUAAAUACUUUUAUUUUUAUACAAAAUCAGGGUUAUAAUUUACAUAGUAUUUUGUUACCUCUUUGUAGCUAUGUUUUCCCGUGGUUGUUUUAAAAGGAAUAGAAGAAAGGAAAACAGCUUGUGAAAAUCCUAAGUUGUAUUUGAACGAGCAAGCUGUGUUUCCUCAUUAACAACAUUUAUUUCGCAUUUGAUGGUCCAUAACUGCCCAGUUACCUCAGGAUGCCUCCAUAUGAUGAAAAUAAGAACAGAGUUGAAAGAAGUCUCCAUAAACACAACGCACAUUGGCAAAUGUCAUAUUCUUGUUCCUUAAGGGAUUAGAGAACACUUUCAUCUCUUUGUCUUUGCCCCCAAAGUAAAAGCUAUAAGCUUUUAUAAUUAAAUAAUAAGACUGAAUAACCAUAAGUGUAAAUAAUAUGUAGUAUUAUGAGAAAUACUGGGAAAAAGGACACUUACUGUGUGACUUAAAUUGAUUAAAGGGUUAUUCAGUUCAACUCUCUUGAAUCUAAUUAGUAUUUUUGUGUCAUUUAUUAUUAUAGGGCACACGUAUUUUUUACAUUUGAUUUAACUUGACUAAAGUUAAAUGAGCAAAUGUUUAUUGCUAAGGCCAUUGUUUUCCUUUCUCUGUCAUUGUUAAAAAGAGGAGCCAUGGCUUCUGCUUCUUCUGUGUAUUCUCCAUUAGACCUUCUUCAUCCACCCUCUCCCCAUCCCUUUCAGCUCUGAAGGGUCUAUAAAUGAAAGUGGGUACCAACUGAUUCAAUAGGACUUAUAUCUUACUAAAUAAUGUUUUAUUGUCUUUGUUCUCUGUAUUUGCAGAGAAAUUGUAAGUAUCUUUAAAAUCAAUUAACAAAGUCCUGUGGUUCUUUCAAUCAAGACUUGUAAACAUCUCUACUAGCCCAUACUCCCCCAAACUUCUUGCACAUAGUAGGAGAUGACAUUAAAUAAAGCACAUUAUAAGGUGCAAUGAGCUUUAUUCUAAAAAUAUUGUCUGGAUGUGAAAGUAAGUUCUUGUUCAUAAAAUGUUAUUAGAUUAAAAUUAUGGAGUAAGCAUUUGGCAAACUGAUUGACUCUUCACUGGAAAGACCAGGCUUUUUAGGACACAUUUCUGUUCAUGCUUAAGGUCAGAAGUCAAUCAAAGGCAACCAGAAAAAAAAAAAAAGGCAAAUAAAUGAAUUAGGGACAUAAUUAUUUUCUGUUAUAAAUAAUCAGGAUCUUUUAAAGUUUAAUUAUGGGGAGUUGUUGAAUAGGCUAGUUUUAUGCCAUGCAAAUAAAAUGUGAAUUUCAAAAAUCUUAGUGAAAUUCAAAUUUACUUUUUCUUGGUGAUAAUAAAAUCACAAAUACUUCUUGAGCUCUUGCUGUAGGCCAAGUGCUGCGCUCAGUACUUAACACGGAUAAACUCGAGUGAGUAUCAAAAUUCAAAGAGGUAGUCACCCCAGGUUAUCCUUGACUCUACUGAUGGCAGAAACUUCACUUGUAAUAAAUAAUUAUCUUUGACAAGAGAAACAUAAAACAAGACCUGUAAUAAAUGAUUUGUUCACCGAUUUUUCAUGUCAUAGAAACUAUAUAGCAUUGGUUUUUAGCCAUGAUUUUGAUUCAGUUUUUAAAGUAUUUAAUUUUUAGUAUAUCAGCCCAUACUGAACAUUGGUUUUUCAGCAGAUAAUGUGUCUUCCAAGUGCUCCAAGGCAAAGAGCCACAGAGAAGAAUACUGCAUCUUGAGUCAUACCCUGAAAUUACUGAGUGAAUUACCUGUGGCCAUGUAAACACUCUGCUUCAAUAGGUAGAGUGCAACAGACAAUCCAAUUAUUCAGAACUAAGUUUUUAGUUAGCUUUUGUUAUUCACUGAAGUAGUUUGUAAUUACAGUUGUCUCUAGGUAUCCAUGGGGGAUUGGUUCCAGAACUCCCUGCUGAUAACAAAAUUCAUGGAUGCUCAAGCGCCUUACAUAACGUGGUGUAGUAUUUGUGAAUAACCUAUGCACAUCCUCAAUUAUACUUUAUAUCAUCUCUAAACAUAUAAUACCUAAUAUGUAAAUGCUAUGUAAUUAGUUGCUAUACUGUAUUUAGUGAAUAAUGACAAGAAAAAAAGUGUGUACCUGUUUAGUACAGACACUACUCUGUACUGAUUUUUUUUCCUGAAUAUUUUCCAUCCAGGGUUGGUUGAAUCUACAGAUGUGUAACUCACAAAUAUGAAGGGCUGACUGUACUUAGUAGUUAAUUCAGAUUUUUCUAAAGUAAUUUUGCAGUUUACAAGCAUUUUUUUUUUUUUGGUUCUACAAGAAAAAAACAAAAAGAAUAUUGGUGAUGUGAUAUUUAUGUAAUGUGAUGAUAUUAUAAUGGCCACGUUUUAAAACUUGAGAAUGUCCUAUGUUCAUACACUGUUGGUUUCUAGAUCCACAAGGCUUCUGUAUACAGUUCAUGGUCCUCGGCAUUGCUUCUUGUAUUUUUUCCAUCCCAAAGGAGAGCUACUGUACAGACUGUACUUGUGGAAUGCAGCGCUUCAUUAAAUUAAGUUUAUUAAAAUGCAA